AUGCAAAAAAUGACGAGUCCAGAGGAGGUGGAGGAUUUGAAUAAAUUAUCAGAGUACCAUCAACCCAAGGAUACGGUAAUCGAUUUGAUGACAAAAGUACUGCAACAGGAGAAAGACAAAGUUGAGGGAUAUGUGAAAUUUGUCAGAGAUCGAAUGGAACAAUGGAUGACUGUUGAGUGA